GCCAAGGCUGGUUCAUUUCCUGGAGGAGUCUGCAGUGCCAGUAUCAAAGCGUGUCUAAAGCGGCGCGACCGCUUCCUGGUCCAGUGAGCUCAGUCAGUCUGAAUCAAGAAUGAAGAUCACUAGGCAGAAACACGCCAAGAAGCAUCUUGCCUUCUUUCGCAACAAUUUCGGUGUCCGGGAGCCGUACCAGAUUCUGCUGGACGGCACUUUCUGUCAGGCGGCGCUGCGGGGUCGCAUCCAGCUGCGGGAGCAGCUGCCCCGCUAUCUGAUGGGGGAGACACAGUUGUGCACGACCAGAUGUGUGUUAAAGGAGUUAGAGACCCUGGGGAAGGACUUGUAUGGGGCAAAGCUAAUCGCGCAGAAGUGCCAGGUUCGAAACUGUCCUCAUUUCAAGCAUGCAGCGAGUGGGUCCGACUGUCUGCUCUCCAUGACUGAAGAGGGGAACCCGCACCAUUACUUUGUGGCAACACAGGAUCAGAAUUUAUCUGUGAAAGUAAAGAAAAAACCUGGCGUUCCCCUGAUGUUUAUCAUUCAGAACACUAUCGUCUUGGACAAACCGUCUCCCAGAACAGUCGCCUUUGUAAAGGCCGUGGAGUCCGGUCAGCUUGUGUCCGUGCAUGAGAAAGAAAGUAUACAGCACCUCAAAGAGGAGCAGGGCUUAACGGAGAACCCCGAGCGGAGAAGACGGAAGAGACGCAAGAGAGUGAGUGGCCCCAAUCCUCUUAGUUGUUUGAAGAAAAAGAAAAAAGCACCAGAUGCAACCUCUCUGGCUUCUGAAAAGAAGAGAAAAAGGAAAAGGGUCCGAAUCCGGAGCAGGUCUGCCUCUGCGGGGCCGCCUGAGCAGCAGAAGCCGGGAGGGAAGGGUGCUCCCGACACGGACACCGCCACCGCCACCGCCCGAGGCGCCACCUGUGAGAAGUGAACUGUUGUUAAGCUGGGGAGUAUUUAUGACGAAAGACUACGUUUAUUUUUGUAAGUGAGGGCUGACCUUUCUACUUCUGUGUAAAACUGCUCACCAAUAAAAAGGGUGGCUGCGUUUGGACGUGGUGGUGCUCACUUUUGCACUUUAAAAGGAUUGGUUCCUUCUGUUCCUUCUGCUCCCUCCCACUGUUGCCCCCAAAUGCCAUGUGCAAACAGUUUUAAGAAUCAAACAGUCCGAAAAGGCUUGUGGCCAAAAACACCCCGUCCCCCAAUGCAGUGCCAUUUCAACGUUCAGAGGAACCUGGUUCUUUCAACCCUUGUAGUAAUUUUGGAGUUUUUUCCCUAUUGUAAAAAAAAUUUUGGAGUUUAUGUUUCCAGAUUAUAUAAAUGGACUGCUGCCUUUUGAUCCA